GCUCGCAGAUCAGCUGCUUCUCUCCCACCAACUUCACGGCGAAGCAGUCUGCCUACGUCGACGCCGCUUGCUGGGACUCCCUCGUCCACCACGGCUUCGACGCCGAGGGCCACGCCGUCACCAAGUCCCUCUGGGCUCUCAAGCUCUUCGUCAUCGACGAGCUGGACAAAUCCUACAACCGUUCCGUCCGCCUGGUGCAGCACAUGAGGAAGGUCCAGCAGGCCAGCGCCGAGCCGGAGAGCUUCUGGGAGGAGUAUGAGAGGGCCCGCCGGGAGAGGUAUUUUGAAUUCCCGUUGCUGGAGCGCUACCUCACCUGCAAGCAGCACGGCCACUCCUUGGUGUUCCUCUACAUCCUGAGGAACCUGCUCCUGCUCUUGUUCUUGGCCGCCACCUGCCUCUACCUGGUCUUCCUCCACCUCCACGUCGUCUUCCAGGAUGAGUUCAACUGCUCCAUCAAAACGGGGCUGCUCCGGGAGGACCCCCACAUCCCCCCGCUCCUCCCCUGCAAGCUG